AUGACUACCGUAACAGCUGAUGGCGUUCGUUCAGGUUGGCUGAAGACAUUCGACUCGUAUUCCAAGGAUACAGACGAUACAUUGGAUGCCAUGUAUGACUUCUUUCUUACACACCCGGAUAUGACAUUCAUGUGGGCGGAGACCAUUUUUCUAGAGCACUGGUGGCGUAAACAGAACGAUACCGUUCGCAACAACAUAAAGAAAUGGGUAAAGCAGAAACGAUUCGAUUUGGUGACUGGUUCAUGGGUUAUGACAGAUGAGGCGAAUCCAUAUUUCCCAGUCUCCGUUGACAACAUUGUUGAAGGAUUCCAGUUCAUUUACAGAGAAUUUGGAGUGAAGCCGUCGAUAUUGUUUUCCUUGGAUCCAUUUGGUCAUAGUAACUCAAUCGCAUAUCUCUACUCACAAGCAGGAAUUCACCGAGAAGUGAUCAACAGAAUCUCAACGGACACAAAGGAAUUCUUGAGGGAUCUACAAGCUCAUCGAUUCAUAUGGAAACAGUAUUUUGAUAACUCUGAUGAAGGUGAUGUGUGGACGCAUUUACUACCGUAUUCCCAUUACGAUAUUCCAAGUUCAUGCGGACCAGAUCCGAAUGUAUGUUGUGAAAUCGAUGCCAUACGUUACUACAAGCACUAUCCGUGUGGAGGUGACAUGAAGCCAAUCAAUAAAUCCAACGUCAAGAGGAAAGCCGACGCACUCAGCACUCAGUUAUGGAAAAUGUCGGAACAGUAUGGGUCGAAUGUUAUCAUUAUGUUCUAUGGUGAUGAUUUCCGAUUCACGACACCGUUCGAAUGGAAAGUUCAAUAUGAUGCUCUUCGCCUUAUUUUCGAUGAAAUCAAUUCCAAGGGCAACAUAGAAAUCAGUUUUGGCACCAUUACGAGAUUCUUCGACGAAUUGGAAGAUUGGUAUGCACAGAAUGGAACGCAGCCACCCACUCUCAAAGGAGACUUUUUCCCAUAUAGGUAUGCUCAUUGCAUGGCACAUCACAGGAGAAUGACUGGGAAACACAGGCUCAUUUUAUACCCGAAAUUUCUCGCAACGCACCUAAUCCCUUCUUUUAGGACGCUGAAAAUCAUCAACANNCUCCCUUAUCAUCUGGAAGAUGUGAUAAGCGUAAGAGUUGAUUGUACGACGAUUGAUGUGAAAUUGGAUGGAGGGUCUGUUGAAGCACAGAUUGAACCGUAUAUCCGUAAUGGAAAAAUUGACAGCAAAACAUUUUCUGUGAGUUUAUUAAUCGAUAAUCGAUCGCCAUCGUCUAGUGGUCCAAUUUAUUCGUUCUGCAGCUUGUGUUUCACGUUCGUCUUCAACCUCUUGGUAUAUUUCCCCACUGCUUUAAUUCUUUAUACCACUUUGUUUUUUUCCAUUACCAUUGCCCAUGAAAUAUAUCUGAGAACGGUUUCAUGUUGUUUAUUUACAGAAAGAAUAAUCCGUUCGGAUGAUGGUCAUGGUCUUGGAAGGGAACCAGAUGCAAUCCCUGAUGACAAUCUUCCGGUCGACAUGAAGUUCACCAUUCUUCUAGAGGAUCUUAAACAGGUAAUCAAUAGUCAUUACACAGUGCAUACACCGGCUGGACAUCUAUCAGUGCAGAACACUAUCUACUCACCCAUAGUGCUCUUUACUUCGAAUGUCACUUCUGUUCCAACAUCCAUCGAAAUUCCACCUCUUCCCUGUGAUCUACAAUUACUAACUGUCCGACCGCUCCAUGACGGCAGGCGUCUUCUGACAAUUUUCUACCAUGGUAUUCGCCCAAUGUCUGUGACACCGUCUGAAUGUGGAGAUGACCUACAGUCGAUGGAUGUGAAAAAAGUCCAGGAAACCGAUCUGGCUGGGCUUGACGAGACAGCUGUGGUAUAUAAUGCGGGUGACUACACUCCGCGCUUAAGACCUUUCAAAUUUCUCUCUUUAUUGUUAACUAUAUGA